AUGGAUUCCGAGGAGAAAUGUUUCAAAGUUUUCAUGUUUCCAUGGCUCGCCCAUGGCCACAUUUCCCCGUUCAUCGACCUCGCCAGGAACCUCGCCGGCCGGAAUUUCCGAUCCUACAUUUGUUCGACUCCGGCGAACCUUAGUUCCAUUGAAGGCAAGAUUUGCCGGAAUAACUAUUCCGGCGAUAUCCGUCUCGUCGAGCUUCAUCUACCCUCGACGCAUCCCGAACUUCCUCCGCAACGCCACACGACCAACGGUCUCCCCCUAAGUCUCCAUUCGAGCCUUCGGAAGGCUUUGAAGGCGGCGAAACCGAGCUUUUCGAACAUCUUGGAUGAUCUUCGACCGGAUUUGGUAAUCCACGAUGUCGUGCUUCCGUGGGCCGGGACAAUAGCAUCGCGCCGUGGAAUUCCGUCGGUUGCUUUUUUUACAUCGGGAGCUACUAUGUUCUCGUAUUUUUGUCAUUUGGGAAUGCGGCCGGGGAUUGAGUUCCCGUUCCCGGCUAUACAUCUAUCCGAAUAUCAACUAUCGAAGGCUCAUGCGAACGUUGAGUCCGCGACGAGCAAGGAGAAGGAUGCGGAUGACGAGGCGUAUCAAACGAGCGAUGGGAUCAUCUUGGUGAAUACGUCGAUGGAAAUCGAAGGAAAGUACGUGGAUUACCUCUCGAAGAUGAUCAAGAAAGAGAUCGUCGCGGUGGGCGCGCUAGUUCGUGACCCGAUAAUUAAUAGAGACGAGGAUGCCGAGCUCAUGGAGUGGCUCGGAGCGAAAGAACAACUUUCGACGGUGCUAGUGUCUUUUGGGAGCGAAUACUUUUUGAAUAAGGAUGAGAUCGAAGAAUUGGCUCACGGUUUGGAGUCGAGCAAUUUGAACUUUAUAUGGGUCAUUAGGUUCGCGAAAGGAGAGGAGAUAAAGAUCGAGGAUGUGCUCCCGCGAGGAUUUCUUGAAAAAAUCGGAGAAAGAGGAAGAAUUGUCGAGAAUUGGGCGCCGCAAGCGAAGAUUCUAAGCCAUGAAAGUGUAGGUGGUUUUGUGAGUCAUUGUGGUUGGAAUUCGCUCAAGGAAAGCAUCGACUACGGCGUUCCUAUCAUUGCGAUGCCAAUGCAUCUCGAUCAACCGAUGAAUGCGAAGCUAGUCGUGGAGCUUGGAGUCGGCAUAGAAGUUAGAAGAGAUGAGAAAGGGAGGCUCGAUAGAGAGGAAAUAUCAAAAGUGAUCGAGCGGGUAAUUUUUGAGAAAAUCGGGGAAGAUUUGAGGAGUCGAAUUGGGGAGCUAAGGGAGAGUAUCAAAAUGACAAGUAAAGAGGAGUUCGAAGUAAUUGUGAAGAAGCUCGAACAACUUUGCGCGAGGAAAGAUAUAUAG